UUACCGUGAAGUUUUUAUUAUUCAUAGAAUAAGUUAUAAACAUGUGUUUAUGUCUUGGUGCUUUGAAAUCUGGUAAAACGCUUCUGUUGAAACGUCUUCAAGGUGACGAAAUAGAUGAUGCGACUCACACAGUACAAACUAAUGGUAUCAAUUUAUUUACAGUAAAAAAUGAUACUGGUGAAUUUGACAUAAUUAUUAGAGAGAUUGGUGGUAAUAUGGCACCAAUAUGGAAACAUUACUUCGACAAGGUUUAUAAAUUAAUUUAUGUCGUGGAUACCAGUAAUCUUUGCCAAAUUAGUGCAGCUGGUGUUUUAUUGUACUCUACAUUAGUUGAGCCAAGAUUAAAAAAUAUAAAAAUUGCACUAAUUUUGAACAAGAUGGAUCUUUCUUACAGACAAAUGAGAAAUGAAGCUCUUCUAAUGCUUCAAUUUGCACGCUUGAAAAAAGAAAUUACUCAGGAGAUAAGUGUAAUUGAAACUAGUGGAAUAACAGGACAAGGUCUUGAAGACUUACGCAAUUGGUUAUUUGAUCCAUAUACUUUAAAAAUUGUAAAAAAUACCAAAAAAUAAAUUAUCGCAAAGUAAUAGUA